AUGCAUAAGUCUGAUCCAAAUCUCUCGGCGAACAAUUCUCCGGCCAACGACGAUUUCAACAACCGCCCCAGCAACUUCUCGUCCUGUGAACCCAACCGUAUGAGCGGCGAGGCAUCUCCGAUGAUGAUGUCGCCAUGGAACAACACAACUCCUUUCCAACCAUCUCCUUGGCACACUAAUGGCGGAGUCUGCGGUUCCGAACAAACCAAGAGCGGCCUCAUCGGCUCUCUGGUAAGAGAGGAAGGUCACAUUUAUUCUCUUGCCGCCACCGGAGACCUCCUCUACACCGGUUCCGACAGCAAGAACAUCCGUGUGUGGAGGAACAUGAAGGAGUUUACGGCCUUUAAAUCCAAUAGCGGGUUGGUGAAGGCCAUUAUCUUAUCAGGUGAUCGGAUCUUUACGGGUCAUCAAGACGGGAAGGUUCGUGUUUGGAAGAAGAACAGUAAGGAUCCGAUCAUCCAUAAACGGGUCGGUACAUUUCCGACGUUCUUCGACAUCCUGAAAACGUCGAUGAGGCCGAAGAAUUACGUGGAGGUGAAGCGAAAGUGCACCACCCUCUGGAUCAAACACUGCGAUGCCAUCUCAUGUCUUAGUAUAGAUGAAGAAGAAGGUCUUUUGUAUUCAGCUUCAUGGGAUCGGACCUUCAAAGUAUGGAAAAUUUCGAACUCCAAAUGUCUGGAAUCGGUGAAGGCGCAUGAUGACGCCGUGAACUCCGUCGUCAACACGAAAUCCGGCCUGGUUUUCACCGGAUCGGCGGACGGUUCCGUGAAGGUCUGGAAGCGCGACGGGCAUGGAAAGUCGAUGAAGCACAGUCAUGUAGAGACGCUGUUGAAUCAAGAAUGCGCCGUGACGGCGUUGGCGGUGUCGAAACCGGGUUCGUUUGUGUACAGCGGGUUGUCCGACGGGUUGGUUAACUUCUGGGAAUGGGAAAAACAGAUAUCUCACGGCGGUCUUCUCAAGGGACACAAGUUGGCGGUGCUGUGUCUUUCGGCCGCCGGCGAUCUGUUGUUCAGUGGCUCAGCCGACAAAACGAUAUGCGUGUGGAAGAGGGUGGGUAGCGUCCACACGUGUUUGUCGGUGCUGACGGGGCACACCGGACCGGUGAAGUGUCUGGCGGUGGAGAAGGAGGCGGGGCCGAACGCCGGCAACGGAAAAUGGGAGGUCUAUAGUGGUAGUUUGGAUAAAUCGGUAAAAGUAUGGAGUGUAUCGGAGAAGGUGCAGGAUAUGCAGUAG